AUGGCUCCAUCUGUAGGAUCUUCCAAUACCACUCAAUCCAAGGUCAACGUGGUCGAACCCCCCGUGGUGCCUUCACAAGAUCUCGUCAAUUCUCUGCCCGCGCCGGUCCUUCGAUUACUAAUAAUCUUCUCUCGUCCUAUAUCUUUACUUCGUCAUCUCAUCGAGGUCAUAUUCUGGAAAUCUGCAAGAAGAGCCGAAAGCUGGAUAGUCAUUUUAUCGUGGUGGGGACUAUGUUUAGGACUUCAGUAUUCCUUCAAAUAUCUACUGCCAUUAUUUCUGUUUCUACCAUUAUUACCUCUGGAAAAGUUGCGAUUGGCUAAGAAAGAAGAGAAGAAACCAGUCAAACCUUCUACUCCGGAUACUCUUCUCAUCACAUUUUCUGACCUUCAUGCGAUUUACGCUCUCUUGCCUCCUUCGCCACUCCCCACCGCUUCGGCCAUCUACGCUAGAUUUCAGCAACUAGGAUCAAGACGAAUUGUCCGAGGAUUUUCGGUCAUAUGGAUCACAUGGCUUGUGCUCGUGAAACUUCUCGGCCCUCGAAUUCUAUUAGCGGUGGUUGGUUCAAUACUCCUACUUCUCCCUUCUCCUGUACUCGCCCACACCAUUAACCUUCUUUCCAAAUCCCUCAUCGUGCGUAGAUCCGUCGCUCUCGCCUUUUUAUUCACUUUUGGUUCUCCACCGGAAUACUCUUAUCGACUUUCCACAUCGUUUUCUCCAUGGCAAUGGCUCAAGAGCAAAUGGACGGCUUCACGUCGACCUUCUUUCCUCUUCACAUCCCGACCCAAGUUAUCUAGCGAGAAAGUACCUGAACACGCUAUCGAUGAUCACGAAGAAAAUGAAGAUAUCAAAAAUGGCGAUCCUCUUUAUUUCCGAUUUGAAGUACAUGAGAAUCAAAGAUGGUGGAUGGGAUUAGAUUGGACUAGUGCUCUUCUUCCACAAGAAAGGCCAAGUUGGUGUGAUUCACAUCUCUUACCCGUCACACCUCCACCUUCCUUCCCCUUACCUUCUUCAUCUUCUAUCAUAUUACCCGCGCCCACUCGCUCGGAUCCGGAUGCUAAAAUCAAACGCAUUGCCACUUGGCGAUGGGUUGACGACGACUGGACCAUCGUUCGUUCUGGUCCUUCUGCUCCUCCAACUGCUCCGCCCCCUACACUUCCCACUUCGCCAACACUACCUACAAGUCCAGAUGAUAUUUCCAGCAGAAGCAUGCAAAGAUCAACUUCCAGUACAGGUACAAACUCUUUCACUUCGCCCCCCUCAACAUCAAGCGCAGUAAUGGACGAUACUCAUCAUCCUGUCGGAGCAGUGGGUAGUGCAUCGGCCAGAGCACAAUCAUUGGCCGAACAAGCCUUCGCUAAGGGCCUGGAGAAAUUGAAAGCGAGAACCGCGAGUCCAUCAACCACUAAAGGAGUUAGAACUAGCGGUGAGAUGCAACGUCCUCGAACGGGAAGUCAAGAUAGUGUGGAUGUGUUGAAACAAGAAGGAGAUGUUACACCUACCGUCUCUUCUUUGCCUGCGUCAUCUGCUCCUGCAGUACCUUUGGAAACUAUUCCCGAUAAAGAUGAUGCUACCGAUCCUGAUGGUUGGGUAUAUGGAGAUAACAAAUGGGAGAAUAUGGGACCUCGUGGUGGUCUUGGAAAAUUCACUAGACGAAGAAGAUGGCAUCGUCGUGCCGUGUGUGAAGAGAGUAUACAGCGUCUUCCCUCUGUACCAGUGGAAACUCCUCCCGUUAAAUCAGUCGAAACUCCGAUUUCUCCUUCACCGUCAUCUCCACUCAAAGCUGCUCCAAGUACCAGUACAUCAGAAAUCAAAAUGUCCCCUUCUCGUUCCUCCUCUGAAAAGCUGUUUCAACACUUUGAAGGCGUCUUGAUGACACCUACGAAGGAUGAAUCGAGGGAUGAUCGAUUACGUAUGAGAUUAAAGAAAGCUAUGGGUUCAGCAGGUGGUUAA